AUUCACUAUAUCUGGUCUCCCACAGUACACAGAACAUGGAUGUGCAAUUAUUUUAGUAAAUAUAAACUGCCAACUAACUCUUGUGACUUCCAUUAGUGUCCAGCAAGUUAAAGCUUGUAGGAGGAAUUUUCAUUCUGCUUUAGGAAGAGGACCCCUGACCUCUGUCUGGACAAUGCUGAUUGGCCCUGUGCUUAUCACAUGCACUCUCCCAAGAAAAAAAAAAACUAUUUAACAAUACACACCAAAUUGAGCAUGUGCAGAGUGACUCCAGAUAAUAUGUUUUUUCAGGAGAUAAGAGGGGGACACUGGAAGAAGGGGAGGAUCAGAGAAGAGAGGAUCAAACAGUGUUUUUACACAAUGCAGAGGAUUAACGCCUUAGGUUCCACAGUGAGUAUAACAAGUAUGCUUUACUGCAUAUACAGACUGAUUUUACUGUUGUGAGUUUAG